AUGUCGUGGCGCAACCAAGGAAUUACCGGUUCUAACAACAUCCCUCUAGGAACUCGCCGUCGGUUCGGCGGUGGCGACGAUGAUGGCGGUUACAAUCCCUCAGCACCCGCAGAGGGCCUGUCCGAGCUGAAGCGCGGUCGCAGCCCAGAACGCAGUAAGUCAAUUCCCACACGUACCUACGAUGCCCUCUAA